AUGUCCAAGCUUUCGAAAGAUUACGUAUCUGAUUCAGAUUCUGAAGAUGAAGUGAUAUCAAACGAGUUCAGCAUACCAGAUGGGUUCAAGAAAUGUAAACAUUUAAAAAGUUUCCCUCUCAACUCCGAUAAUAAAAAGAAUUCUAAACAACAACAGGUUUGGCUGAUCAAAUUCCCAUCAAAUGUCGAUAUUUCCAAGUUGAAAUCUUUACCAGUAGGCUUUGAAUCUUACACAACGAUGUCCAUUGAUAACCACGAUUAUAAAAUCAUGGAUGAUACAGAUAUCGAGUCUUCGUUAACACAGGAUAAUCUGAGUAAUAUGACCUUGUUGGUUCCUACAGAAAGUAGAGAGAGUCUCAAGAUUGCAAGUGCGGCUAAGGAUAAUACGCCACUACAAUUUGACAAAGUCUUUUCUAUCAGUGAAACUGCUAAAAUUCCAGCCAUUGAUUUUGCUAAAGUAAAAGUUCCACGUAAAAACGUCCCAAAGGUGGAAGGUUUGAAGUUGGAACAUUUUGCCACAGGUUAUGAUGCCAAAGAUUCACAUGUAACUAAGAAUGUGAUGACAAAAGAAGAUAAGAAAGAAUCGAAAAAGCGUUCACAUCAACACGAAGAUGAGGGAGAGUCUAACGAAAAGAAGAAGAAGAAAGAGAAGAAGGAGAAGAAAGUGAAAAAGGACAAGAAGGAUAAAAAGAAGAAGCAUAAGGAUUAA